AUUUUCAAUUGAUCCACAGAUACUACCUUUUUGAACGAGACAGAAAUCCCUCAAAUGAGGCCGUCUGGGGUUCCUGUCAAAGCCAUACUGUCCAUGCUGCCGUGUCUCUUCUUCCUGUAUGUUAACAGUGUCAUGGUGUUCGCCCUGCUGAGAAAACCCCUCCUACUGGAGUCACCCCGAUACAUACUAUUCGCUCAUUUGCUCUUCAUUGAGUCUCUCCAGCUCCUGCUGGCAAUGUUGCUGUACUUAUUUGUUGUGUCCACGGUCCAAAUGAUCGGCUAUGUUUGCAUUGCUGUCACCCAAUUUGCUGCUGUUACUAUUAGGAUGUCUCCUCUAAACCUGGCUGUUAUGUCUUUAGAGAGAUAUGUUGCCAUCUCUUUUCCACUCAGGCACACCACCAUUUCUACACCCAGAAUGGCCGGUGUAGCCAUUGUUGUCAUUUGGACAGUGGCCUCAUUAGACACCUUCAUUCAAAUCUUUUUGUUUGUCAACCUCAAAAGCAAAGACUUUUCCUCACAGGGAAUCUGCAAAAGAAACAGUGUCUUCCGAAUGCAGGUUUUUGUGACUUUAGACAGAGCUUUCACUGUUGUCAAUUUUGUUCUGGUCACCACCGUUGUCCUUUACACAUACAUCGCCGUUAUGAUUACUGCAAUGACUUCUUUGGAGCGCAGCGUCAACAAGGCGCAGAAGACACUGCUGCUGCAUCUCUUUCAGCUGUGCUUGUGUCUGGUCUCCACCAUGUUUGACAUGAUAAACUCCAGUGAAAUGUUAACUUUGGAUCCAGGAAUAGCUAUCGAAGUUCAGUACAUCCUCUUUUUAAGUUUAAUCAUUUUCCCUAAAUGUUUGAGCCCUCUCAUAUACGGACUGAGAGAUCACAACUUAAAACGUUCAUUUAAGUACCAUUUUACUUUUGGUUGUGUUUCCACUGUCAGCCCAUAUUCUGGUUAAUUAUCAGAGCAUUAAUUAUGGACGUUUUUUUUAUUUAUUUAUUUUUUUUAGUCAUGUUCAAUGACAAAUUAUUUUUUUGUAGAAAAAGCAAAAGUGGGUUGGAAGGUUUUCUGAACCUUUUUAACUUAUCACAAUUAGUGUCAUUUGUGUAAUAUUUAAAUGUUAAUUCUGUUUUUGUAUGUAAAUUAUUGCAU